GUUUUUGUGAAACCAGCAAACGAGGAAGGCGAGGAGACGUGCUCUGCUGCUGCAGCCUGCAGCGGCUUUCCUUCCCCCACCAUCGCGUGUGAGUCCACGGUGUGAUGUCACGGAGCGGUGGCGGCUUUCCCGAUCCACUGUGCGGGAGAAAUCCCCGUGCAGCCUUCUUCCAGCUCUUCCUACUCUUUGCUACUCGUCUUCGCUGAUUUCUGCCUUAAUUCCAUCCCUUCCCUGCCUAGAACUUGCUUUGCUUCACCCCAUCACAGCUUUUGGUGCCUCGUCAUCGGCGACCUAACCGCCGGCGACCAGAUAAACUAAGCCAGGCCCUUCGCUCCGAAAGUCGUCUCUCGUAGAGAGCACUUGCUCACCUGCUCCUCGCCCUCCUCUGCUGGCAGUGGACUUGCGCGGAGUGGAGAUCCAUCCGGACCUGGUUCGAUUUCUUCAUCUCGGUUGCUUCUCUGUCCAGUGGGUGGAUCACUGGAUUGUGGGUUGUGCUAACUGCAGGCUGGCUUGUCAGCCUAUCAUAAGGAAAGUGAAAAAGAGACAACAAAGCAAUUUGUUGUCUCAUUCUUAGGAGCUGGCGAGCACUCGGCAUGGCAGAUGCUAGUUCGAGGACUGACACCUCGACUGUUGUAGACAUGGAUGAUAAGAAUCAAAGGAUUAUUUUACGAAAUUUCAACUUCUCUCUGUGGGACAUCUAAUGGUACAGGUCUUGGAGAGAUGCAUGUAAAGUGGUAAUGUCAUUGUGAUGUUAUUUUAGAAAACGGACAGAGUGGAGCCAUGGUCCCGGCUUCUAAUUCAUCUGACCGGUCUGACAGAUCUGACAAACCUAUGGACCAGAAGGUUUUACGACGGCUUGCCCAAAAUCGUGAGGCAGCAAGAAAAAGCCGGCUGAGGAAAAAGGCAUAUGUGCAACAGCUAGAGAGCAGUAAGCUAAAACUUGCAAGCCUGGAGCAAGAACUCCAGAAAGCUCGACAGCAGGGAAUCUUCAUUUCUAGUUCUGGAGAUCAAACUCAUACUAUGAGUGGAAAUGGAGCUAUGACCUUCGAUUUAGAAUAUUCUCGAUGGCAAGAGGAACAAAAUAAGCAGAUAAAUGAGCUGAGGACUGCAGUAAAUGCUCAUGCAAGUGAUAGUGACCUCCGUCUUAUAGUCGAUGGGAUAAUGGCACAUUAUGACGAGAUAUUCAGGCUGAAGGGCAUUGCUGCAAAGGCUGAUGUGUUCCAUAUACUUUCAGGCAUGUGGAAAACAUCUGCUGAAAGGUGCUUCUUGUGGCUUGGGGGUUUCCGUUCGUCUGAGCUUCUAAAGCUCCUUGUGAAUCAGCUUGAGCCUCUAACUGAGCAGCAAUUGAUGGGGCUGUCCAAUCUGCAGCAAUCUUCUCAGCAGGCUGAGGAUGCAUUGUCACAAGGAAUGGAAGCAUUGCAGCAGUCCUUGGCAGAAACGCUGGCUGGGUCCCUUGGUCCAUCAGGAUCUUCUGGAAACGUGGCAAACUAUAUGGGUCAAAUGGCUAUGGCCAUGGGAAAACUUGGCACACUCGAGAAUUUCCUUCGCCAGGCUGACAAUCUACGACAGCAGACCUUACAUCAGAUGCAACGUAUCCUGACAAUCCGACAAGCUGCUCGUGCGCUUCUUGCAAUCCAUGACUACUUUUCACGUUUGCGCGCACUGAGUUCUCUUUGGCUUGCUAGGCCACGAGAGUAACAUCACCCCCGUUGGGGUCACUCGAUGAACUGAUCUGUGAAUGUGGGACUGCUGGCUGCAAACUCGCAAAGCAUUUGCAGAUGACUGGAGGAUCAGUCCUCUCUGUACAAGUUGUAUUAACAUCUUCUGGUCUCAUAUUGUGCUCCAGUGUUGUACAAUUUAGGGAAAAGCUUGGAUUAACUUGUAAGUUAUCAUGAAUUUGUUAUUGGCAUAUUGUACAAUUGUAUUAGCAAUAAAAAUAGAAGUACAUAAGUGCUGGAAGCCUGGAAGGAUAUCCAGAAUCUAUAUUGGUUGGAAACGAGCAGCAGAAGAUUGUUAUAGAUUGUUAUGUUGCUUUGAAUAUUCGGUUGUAAGUGCCUUUUUUGGGGUAUAUAGAACAAAGAAAGAUUCAGGAGAGAUGUAGGGAUUCACCAGAGGCUAUCGGGGAUUGUGCUUCUAGGAGCUCCCUGGACUAUCUCUAGCAAGUCUCAUAUUAAGCUCUACUCUGUAAACAGUGAUACAUUGAAUUGAACGUGCUACGGUUAUGAUGGUAACAUUUGCUAUGCAUUUUUUAGGAUGAA